AUAAAACGACGACGUUCAGCCUGACUAGUAAUCCGACUGUGAAGUACUGCCCUGCGCUCCGGCCUAUAAAACCUUCUCGUGGGCUAACUCGAAGUUUUCACGGUUAGGGUUUUUGGUUGUCAUUCGGCUUAGUGAGGCGGCAAAGCUUGUUAGGGUUUCUGCGAGUUUCAAUCAGUCGGAAAAUGGGGCAUUCGAAUGUGUGGAAUUCCCACCCUAAGAGCUACGGCCCAGGAUCUCGCGCCUGUCGUGUGUGUGGUAACCCUCAUGGGUUGAUCCGGAAGUAUGGGCUGAUGUGUUGCAGGCAGUGCUUUCGCAGCAAUGCCAAGGAAAUAGGCUUUAUUAAGUAUCGCUGAAGGGCGAGGAGAUCACAGUCUGAAACGGUUGAUGAAUAUUUGUGAGGAAUGUGAUACUUAGUUAAAUGUGUUGUUUUAAUUUUCUUUCUUUUUGGGGGGACAUAAUUUGGAACAUACAUAGUUUCUUAAAUUUGGUUUGCCAACUUUGUUACCACAAUUGGGGCUAAGACCUGGAAAUUUUAUUUAUAGUUAUUAGUUAUCAAGGAUUCUAUAAGUGGAUCAGUUGCAA